UCUCUCUUGUUCUCCUCUCAACAUUCUCUCUCUCUCUCUCUCUCUCUCUCUCUAUUUAUAUAUAUAUAUAUAUAUAUAUAUAUCUCAACUUCUCAAAACCCUAAUCUCGAUAUGAACCGAAACUAAAUUUCAUUUCUGGUUUUCAAAUUCACUGUAAGGAAUGGAGAUUAGGGCUUAAAUCAAGCUCAUGACAAAGUUUUAAUGGCCUUUUAACCAUUAAAAUUCUCGAAGAUGUCCGUUUCAGACCUGAAAGAGCGCCACAUGGCUGCUACGGAGACCGUGAAUUCUCUCAGAGAACGCUUGAAGCAGAAGCGUCUCCUCCUUCUCGACACCGAUGUGGCGACGUAUGCCAAGUCGCAAGGGAAGACUCCGGUUUGCUUCGGUCCGACGGAUCUGGUUUGCUGUAGGACAUUGCAGGGACACAGUGGGAAGGUUUAUUCACUAGACUGGACUCCGGAAAAGAAUCGAAUAGUCAGUGCAUCUCAAGAUGGGAGGCUAAUAGUGUGGAAUGCUCUCACAAGCCAGAAAACUCAUGCCAUAAAAUUACCUUGUGCAUGGGUCAUGACGUGCGCAUUCUCUCCGACUGGGCAGUCUGUUGCAUGUGGUGGGCUUGACAGCGUAUGCUCCAUCUUCAACCUGAAUUCUCCCACUGACAAAGAUGGGACUAUACCUGUAUCAAGAAUGCUUAGUGGGCAUAAGGGUUAUGUUUCCUGUUGUCAGUAUGUUCCAGAUGAAGAUACUCACCUAAUAACAAGUUCAGGUGAUCAGACGUGUGUUUUGUGGGAUAUAACUACAGGCCUGAGAACUUCUGUUUUUGGAGGUGAAUUCCAGUCUGGACACACUGCUGAUGUGCUGAGUGUCUCAAUCAGUGGUUCAAACUCAAGAAUGUUUGUGUCUGGUUCUUGUGAUGCAACUGCCCGAUUGUGGGACACUCGUGUUGCUAGUCGAGCAGUCCGGACAUUUCAUGGUCAUGAGGGAGAUGUUAAUGCUGUGAAGUUCUUCCCAGAUGGAAAUAGAUUUGGAACUGGUUCAGACGAUGGAACUUGCAAGUUAUUCGACAUUAGGACUGGGCACCAGCUCCAAGUAUACUAUCAACAGCAUGGUGAUAAUGAUGUCCCCCAUGUAACUUCCAUUGCAUUCUCCAUAUCAGGCAGGCUUCUCUUUGCCGGGUACUCAAAUGGUGAUUGCUAUGUAUGGGAUACUUUAUUGGCAAAGGUGGUGCUGGAUUUGGGAUCACUCCAAAAUUCACAUGAGGGUCGGAUUAGCUGUUUGGGCUUGUCAGCUGAUGGGAGUGCCUUGUGUACAGGAAGUUGGGAUACAAAUCUGAAGAUUUGGGCUUUUGGCGGGCAUAGACGGGUGGUCUGAGUAGUUGGCAUUUAAAGUUCAUCUGAGUUGCCUCAACAUUGCGGGCCCGUGGGGGUGGUUGUCUUACCUUCCUUUCUUUUCUAAUCCCCCCUUCCCCUGUAUAACCUUUUGAAUCUCAUUAAGAAGUACUCUGUUUGAGAAACCAUAGUUCUGUUACUGUUUGUUCAUGGAAAUACCAUUUAGGAUAGUGAAAAAGGAGUAUAUAUAUAUAUAUAUAUAAAUAGUCUUUGGGAAGUUGAAUUAGAGAAGCCAAUUUUUAAAACUA